CAGCAAAGAGGUUCAGCCAGGCCAGGGCUCUGGACCUGGAGAGUCAGUUGGGACUCAGUAGGAGAGAGCUCAGUCAGUUACGCAGAAGCAAAGAGGAUAUGGAAUGAAUAUUCUGGAAUCAGUUGAGGAACCUGAAGGAGAGACUGGAACAAUCUGACUCCACAAACCACAGCCUGCAGGAUUAUGUUCAGUUUCUCAAAGCGUCAUAUAGUAAUGUGUUUGGUGACUCUGUCCUAUCAAGCUCUCGACACACACACUCACCAAUCGGAUUGAAUAUUCUUAGAAUUAUAUUGUAUGAGCUGUAUGAGUACUAUUUUUUAUAUUCAGUUGAAAUGUACUGUACUGUUUAACAAUAACAAUAAUACAUGCUUAAAAUGAGAAUGGACAGUCUGGUGUGUUUCACAAACAACAAACUCAGAAAAUGAAGGAAAAAAUCUAGAUAGUUAUCCAGCUUUUACACCCAGUAUUUAGAUGAACAUUGUUCACAACAUGUUACGAUUUUACCCAUUAUGAGGGCAAAGUAGCUUUGAGGAUAAACAGCCUCGACUCGGAACCAUAGAUUUAUCAGAGCCGGAAAUGGACCACGUCGGAGUUUGACUUUCAGUGGUACUUAUACCGAAAUCAGCAGCUAGCCUAAUAAUCACCUGUCUCUUAAAGUGUUUGUCGUGUGUUUAUUUACACGCCAAAAUGCCUGCUGAAAGUUUACGAUGGGAUACAUUGGAGGCCUUGAAAAACUCACCAAAGGGAAGACUGAAAUACAACCCAGACUGGCUCGAAAAGGGGGAGGAUAUUUUGUCAGGUUGUAAUGAAGCUCCUAGCUUGUCCCCACUCUCUGGGCUCAUCUUGAAGAGGCUUAACAUGAGCCCUCGAGCGCUUCAGAAGACCUGCUCAUUGGGCUCUGCUUCCACUGACCCAAGCACAGGCCUGUCUGAGGAGGCCCCAGUCUCCUCAACCAGCCCCUUCCCUUCAGCCAAUGCUCAGCCCACUCCCCUCUCUUCUCCACUACUGGUCCCCAGGUUGAAGAAAGACACAGAGCAGAUUGUUGGUGAUGAGGACAGUGCCCCAGAUGCCAGCAACAAUCUCAGUCCAGUCACCAACCCCAUUCCUUCUCCCACCAUCUCACUGCUGUCUCCCAGGGCAACUCAAAUGGAAGGAUGUAUACGCAUUUGUGAGGAGAAACAUCGUGCCAAAGCUAAGAUGGAGCUGAGUCUGAGGCAGGAGCUGCAGGAGAAGCUGGUGGCCUCAGUUGCAAGUCGUGAGUCAGAGCAGCUCAAACGCUUUGAGGAGUUGAUGGAGCUGAAGCAGAGACAGGAGUACCAGAGUAUGAGGGACAUGAUGGACAGAGAAACACAAGAAAGCAUUGGGCGCCAAGAAAAGUUGAAAGAAGAGCACAAGAACAGAAUAAAGAUCCUGAACCUGCGCCUGCGGGAAGCGGAGCAACAGCGUUUGCGGGAGGCGGAAUUUGAGAGGCAGAGACAGGUGGAGGGUAGGGAGAGACUGCGUGCUCUCAAUGCCAUCCAGGAAGAGAUACUUCAACUCAAUCAGCUCCUGGAGCCAGCCGCACCCACCCAGUCAGGCCCCUCCCCUGAUCUCACAUCCUAUAGCACCCGUGCUAACCAGCUAUGCUCCCAGGUGUCAGAGGUGGUGCGCAUGACAGCGGAGGGGGAGUUCCCCAGUGUGGAGGAUAUGACGGUGGCAGAGCGGGCACUGCAUGAGAUGAGGUCACUGAUCCGGGUGAUGCAAGAGGCGGCUGCCCAGGCCCAGGAGAAGAGGAAGAAGCAGCAGGAGGAGGAAGAGGAACACAGGAAGAUGGCAAUGCUGCAGGCCCAGCAGGAAGAGCAGAAGAAGAGUGCAGCUCUGUCAGCCAAAGAGAAGGCACGGAAAAAGGGCCUGCAGACCAAAGCUGAGCAGAGCACCCUGAAGUGGUACCAAGAGCUGCAGGACUCCGCUAACCAGUGUGCACAGUCUUUUGAAGGCUUGAACAACACUAAGGAUAUUCAGACAAAGAAACUAAGAAUGGAGCUCCAGAAGGCAGCCACAAUCCCUGUCAGCCAGAUCUCCAGUAUCUCAGGUUCCAAGCUCAGGGAAAUAUUUGACAAGAUUGACAAGCUGUUGUCUGGGAGAUCAGUGGUAUCCGGAGGGCAGUCUGUCUCCACCUCCCAGCAUCCCAACGGCCUGGACUUUGUCAGCUACAAACUGGCCGAGAAGUUUGUGAAACAAGGAGAGGAGGAGGUGGCGUCCCACCACGAGGCAGCCUUCCCCAUCGCUGUGGUGGCCUCUGGGGUGUGGGAGCUUCACCCCAAAGUCGGAGACUUCAUCCUCGCCCACCUUCAUAAGAAAUGCCCCUACGCCGUGCCCCACUACCCACCUAUGAAGGAUGGCACAUCUGUAGAGGAAUAUCAGAAAAUCUUAGGCUACCGUGUGGAAGAUGGAGGGGUGGAAGCUCAGGACAGCUUUUUGAAGAGGAUGUCAGGAAUGAUCCGCCUCUAUGCUGCUAUGAUACAGCUCAGAUGGCCUUAUGGCUCCAAGCAAGGGCCUGACCCACAUGGGCUGAACAACGGCUGGCGCUGGCUGGCUCAGAUGCUGAACAUGGAGCCCCUGGCAGACGUCACGGCAACACUCCUUUUUGACUUCCUAGAGGUCUGUGGCAACGCCCUGAUGAAGCAGUAUCAGGUUCAGUUUUGGAAGCUCAUUCUGCUCAUCCAAGAGGAGUACUUGCCAAGGAUUGAAGCUGUCACCAGCCAAGGCCAGGCGGGCUCAGUCACGAGGCUCAAGCAGUUCCUGGAGAGUUCAUUAAGAAGCAGGCAGAUCCCUCCCCCCAAAGGCCAGCUGAGCUCCCACUUCUGGAGAUCCUGAGUGGGGGAUGGAAGGAUGGGAAAGAAGGUUUUGGACAUGAUGCAUCAGUUGGAUUCAAGGCUGCAUCACCCCAGUCCACAACUCAUAGAAUGCACUAGGUAGAGAAGCUCAGUCUCGAUGUGGAAGUUAUGUUUGCAAUGAUGCACUAUAUCCUGAUCAAUUUGCUUAAUAGAAUGUAUACUUAGUAUAGUUGGCUAAAACCAAAUUAUAACUGGCUUGUAUCGUGACUGAAACAUGAACCAUUUUAUCCAAUCUUCGUGCUAAUCCUACUACAUAGUCAUAUCUGUUGUUUUUCUCCUUACCCUUGUUGAGAACAUUAUACUAAUAGGGUAGUUAUGUAGCUUCUUGCUGUACAGUUCAAGGCUUUUUCCCCCGAUUCAGUGUAAUGUGAUUAGUUUGCUUUACCAAAUUCAUAUGGUAUUACUUAUUUUAAACUGAGGGAUUUCUUUCCCUUUUUUUUGUUUCUAUUUGUAUUUAUUUUUUGUUGACUGCUUUUAGAUCUGAGUACUCAAUCAUGACGUCCCCUAUUCAAGUCAUUUUGUCAGGGUGGUCAUAAUGGAAUGGAAUCCACCAACAUGUUUAUAAUUUGUACAUUGACAUGUGAUUAGCUGUUUUUAUAUAGUGUGAGGUUUGCAUUUACCACUCUGUUAGUGCUGAGCUUGUACCAAACCGUUGAGGCUGCGUUCACAGGCAGCUCAAUCACAGAUCAUAAUUGGGAUGCCUGUCUAAAUGCAGUCUUAGAGUGAAAUGAAUAAUACAGGUGUAACUUGUAAAAUAACAAUGUACGGUGUUACGGAAUUAAAACAUACUUUUUUUAUUUAA